UGAAAGUGGUCCAAAAUGUAAUAGAAGUAAAGCGGGGUCCGCACUCUAUGCCAUUAUUAUCAUGACAUCAUUUAACUUCAUAAACAGUUAAACACACACAUACUACAACACAAAACAACUUCUCAAGACUCUCUACGUUUCCUUCUUCUUCUAUAUAGACUCCCUCCUAUAUAUAUAUAUAUAUAUAUAUAUAUAUAUAUUCUACAUAGCUUAAAUCGAUCUUAUUUCAAGAUUCUUCAAUCUGUAAUCGUCUCAUAACCAAGAGAAUCCUCUCUCAAGUUUUAUAAAUGGCUGAGGAAUUCGAUGAAGCUGAGGUUGUAUUCUCUGAAGAUUUAAGCUCAGUUUUCCAGAGAGAGGACGAGGAUGAGAAUCAUCUGUUCGGUCUGAAGGAGAGUAACAAGUCGCGGCGGAUCGUCAAAAGAAAGAAGAAGGUGAUGGCGUUGUCUAGCUCUCUGCCGGUGAAUAUACCGGAGAACAUGUUUCGUAGGCACGUUGAGAAAGAGGAAGGUGAACACUCUGAGGAGGAGGAAUAUUCCAAUGGAAGAGGAGAGAUCGUUCCGCCGCAUGUUAUAGUCGGACGGAGGAUUCAAGGAGAAGGAGGAGGACAAAUGGCGUUUUCAGUUUGUUCAGGUAGUGGAAGGACUCUUAAGGGGAGAGACUUGAGCCGGGUUCUCAUACAACAAUGGAGGUGCUGCCAAGAACUGGCCCGAGGAAAAUGGUUCAUCAUGUAUCAAACUUCUCACCGGGUUAUGUGAGUUGAUUUGCCUAAGUUGUAGGUGGGGAAUGAAGCAAAUGGUCCGUUCUUGUAGUUAUAGGAUAUAUAUGUCUAUCUCCUCUUCUGCUUUUAUAUGAUUUCGGAUUCUUGAUAUCUUGAAAACCGUUUCUUGAUUCUCUAGUUAUUAAAUUUAACUCCAUUACAUAAAAUGGUUAUAUGCAUCAAUCUCGUACAACUUUUUUAUCAUGACCAUAAAGCAAACACAAAAUUGAUCUUGAGCUAUAAUGGAUCACGUAAUAUGUAAAUAACUAAAUACACGUAGUGUAAGGUCUCAAUGGUAAUUAGCGUUUUGAUUGGGCUCUUGUACUGUUAAGUGUGUGAGUCUUAAUCGUUAUAGGCCAUGGGUGUAAGCGUCUUGAUGGUUGUGACUUAGCAGUCUUUGUUCUAGGGGUUAUGUGUCAUUUGGUUGCUUGUCGUUUGGUUCCUUUCCCGUGAGUGUUGGAGAGGUUCUUGGCAAGGCUUCGUCUUCUUGGUGGUUGGGCGAGCUUCUUUCUUUGAUCGUAGAGUGUUUAUGUAUCCAAGGCGCGUGGACCGAGCAGUGGUUCCCCUUGUCGAGGUUUGAAGUCCCCGGGUUUUGGUCUUAUCGUUUGGCGGCGAGCAGCAGCGAUAAGUGUGGUUUGGGUGCAGAAGUGGAGGGUACCGGGUGGCGGGCUAUAGGCAGCAGCGGUACUUCCCGACCAUUGACAUUUACUCUGUUUUAAAAAUUGCUAAGUUAUCUGAUGUUUUUUUGCGUGGAUGUUAACGUGGCUAGUGUUGAUUUAGUUUUUAUGGUUUGUGUUUGUUUCAAGUCACCCGAGUGUGGGUUUUAGUCGCUCCAGUGUGGGUUUUAGCCGCCGCUUCUUAUGGGCUUUUGGUUCUGGGGCUAUUUCGUUUUGCCGCCAGCUUGUGUAUGAAUACCGGUAAUUCGAUUAUGAAUGAUUUCAAUUUGA